GAACAGAUGUCAAGUAACCACCAAAGGAGCAGCAUCGUCGUCGUCCUCGCCCACGCAUCGUUCUUUACCGUUACUGGUGUGGGCUCGGCUCAGUUCAGUUCCGUUUAGUUCGCCAAUCGUACGAGUUCGAUUCCCAAAUCGCAUGGAUUUUUUUAACAGCCUGAACUUAGACAGCAGAUACUAUGGGAAUGUGUAAGACGUGGAUUAAUGUACUGCAACCCAUACAAGUGCGCGCUGAAAAGUCGCAAUUAAAAUUGCAUUAAAAAUUAAACGAAUAGUGUUUGUGUGCGUGUCCGCGAUGCGGAAAGUUUCACCCUGCGCCAAAUUGGCAAAAGUUAAAUGAUUAAAAAAACACCAAGUUUGGCGAAUUAUGUGCAAGUUUUAAUUCGUAGGCGAGCACAGUGUUCCGGUAACUUGCAGUGGUGAAAAAACAGCCCCCGAAAAAGCCUGGGAUAACGAGGGUAGGAAGACCAAGAAGACCCAGAUUUGCAAAGUUCGUGCCAUAAAUCUGCAGUUUGCAUGGAAUUAAUACUCGGCUAGAGGAGGUGGGCGGCCAAAAGGAGGUGCUGCACAUGCAACACACAUUAGUGGGUCAACCGAAGAUGAUGACGCUGCUGACCGCAACAGCAAUAACAACCAGAAAAUUAUAUAAAAUUAUCAUGCAGGGCAGGCAGCUGGCUAGUUGGCCCCACAACAGCGGCAGGCGGGACAAGGCUAAACAUCAGCAGAAUCAAAAGCAGAAGCAGAAUCAGAAGCAAAAGCACCAGCUAAUGGCGACGUAUAUGUAAUAUGCGCCAUGGCGUAUACGUAAUGUGCACCCGGGGUUUGGCCAAUUUGUCCAAGCGAGCACUAAACCAGUGAGCCAACGGAAACGAGAACGAAAACUGAAACUGAAACUGAAACUGAAACUCUAGCUGCUGCAAACUAUAACAAAAAAAAAAAACAAAAAAAAAACUGAAACCGUUAACGACGGCAACGAAACUUCUUGGCCAAAUGGCGAAAGUUAGCAAACAAUUGCCUAUGUGUUGAGAGGACCGCCGGUGCAAGAGAAGCCGGUGCAAAAAUGACAAAAUGGCGAAGUUAACGUUGCCUUCUCUUCUGCGGCGACUGCAGCUGGUGGCGCUGCAACUGCAAUUGCAACAGCAACCGCAACAACAACAGCAACAGCAGCAGCAGCAACAGCAACAUCCACACGGCAGCCACUUAAUGGCCAUGCAACUGGGCCAGGCCGUGCUCCUCUACGGCUGCCUCCUGGUGCUCCACGCCUCCGUAUCCGCCUCUGUCCUGGCCACGUCCUCGGACGCGACUGGUGGCCUUCCGGCCCUGGUGAAUCUCUCCACCACGUUGGACCUGAAUGGAUCACCACCGGCCCAGCAGAAGCAUGAGCAUCUCGAGAGGCGACCGCGGAAGCGGGAUGCCGCCAAUGUGCCUGAAGAUGACGAAUAUGGCAGCUAUCCGGACGACGUCGACGAGUUGGAGGCCUUGCUUAAUAAUAAGUCAGCUAAGGGGAAAUAUAUCGGAGCACCGUGCAACGAGCUGAAGUGUGACGUCAAGCUGCUGCACGUGUCCUGCGACAAGGAGUCGCAAACCUGCAGCUGCGAACGCAAUUACCCCGUGCAGCUCGGACUGAUAAAGGGUUGCGCCAAACCUAAAAAACUAGGCGAUCAGUGUUUCUACGACGAGACAUGCAUCUACAACGACGAGAACUCCCUUUGUGUUCAGGUGCGGCACAAUGCGAUGUGCCAAUGUGCCAGCGGAUUCCAUUCCGUUAGCUACGUGAAGCCAACGCGACGCGUCUUUUGCACUCCAGAUCUCAGCGAACUGAGUUCGGAUCUGCCCACUUUGCUGGGCGUAUCCACGGGUAUAGCCGUACUAGCCGGUCUUAUCUGCAUGGUGCUGCAUCUGUUUAGCAAAACGAAAUAUCCGCGGCAUCGAAAUUACGGAGAUGCCAGCAUUCCGCCGCCAAUACUCUUCUCGAGCGAUACAGGGAUACCGCUCACCGUUCACUCGGCGCGUCCGUCGUCGCGUUCCAGCAUCCGGUCGACGGGAUCGAUUGGAUCCUACGGCAAUCGACGUGCCUCGUCCGGCGGACUGGUCGGUGGUGCCGCCGGAGGCGUGGCAGGCGGCGCGGGCGGAGGAGGAGGUGGUGGAGGAGGAGGAGGAGGAGGAGGCGCGUCAGGAAGCGGCUCGAAGGGCAUCCUGGUGUCGACGUCUCGAACAGGUGCGGCUAGAUCGGCCGCCAUAUUGCUCAUAUCGUGUCACAUAGCGGCGGUGUCCAAACAGAAUUCCCGGGCCUCGUCGCGGCACACAUCCGGAGCGGGCUGCAGCCAGCAUUCGCGGGACGACCUUGACGAUGGUGGUGGCGGAGGCGGAGGUGGGAGUGGGAGCGGUUGCCGCAGCUGCGAGAGCACGCUCUCGAUGAACCGCCACCUGCAGAAGCAACUGAACCAUCAGCGGCAUCUGCUCAGCUUCGAGCUGUCGCCGGCGAGGUCGAGGAAUCAGGAUAGAUUUAGGACAUUGUUGGGCAUGAAUGGCAUUGACAAUUUUGGGGGCAAUGAUGAUGUGGACGAUGAGUGCGGUCCGCAUAGCAUAGAUCCCAGCACCACAACAACAGUCCCUCAUGGACAUGCCCAUGUCCAUGUCCAUGGCCACAAUAGCGAUCCGGCUGAUCCUGAUCCUGGUGGCAAUGGCUUUGGCUACGGCUACGGCCAUCUUAAUGUGGUUGGUGGUGGUUACGGCGAUGCCGACACCAAUGGCGGCGACUCCAGCGGCGGCUAUGCCACUGGCGCCGAGCUGCAACACCUGCAAAUUGGCGCACUGCCGACGCCGGCGAGUGAAACGCCACGAUUUGCGGUAAAUCAACUCAAACAUCAGUCAUCCAGCAUCCAUUGUUCGAUCGUGUGGUCUGCUCAUCCGCAUCCCCAUCCGCAUUCCGUAUCGCCAUGUCCACCCCAGACAGUUCCACAUUACAACAGAAACAAACUCAACUAUGUGCUUAUCGUAUCUGUUCGAUCGUUGCAUCCUCUCCCGGUUAGAGAUACUUUAAAGUCCCUGCUAGUCCUUAGUUUGUAUUGUAAUUUUUUAUUUCUCUAAGUUCCAGAUCUUGCAGUCCUUAGUGUACGAACUUUAGAUCGUUGAAAAAUAUUACAUUCUGAUAAAACUCGCCCAGUUACCAAAAAAGACUAGCCAAAAAUGAUUAUUCAUUAUUUUAAUUUCACCAUAAUUUUCAGCAAGAACGUUUUUUCUUUAUUUUUUAUGUUAAUGCUCGACUCAUGCCAAAUUAAAUAAUACCAAAAAAGUUUAAGUUCAUGGGAAAUUCAUUAAAACUCAUUAUAAUACCAACGUUUAGAGGGGGGAGAUGAAAAACUCGCCUCUCCCAUUAACAUGACCUAAUUUAAAUACAUUUUUUCACCAGAAUUUAAUCAUAAAUUUACAACGGUAGAGUGAACAGUCAACCCCGCAUAAUUAUCAGACUCUGUAUUACAAACAUGUCUCAUGAGCCAUAAUUAAAUGUCACAAAUUGAGUUACUCAUGCAAUCUCAUAUCGUUAAUUCAGCUCAGUUUACUUACAGUUGGAUACUUAUUUUGUGUACAUUGGCGUUGGUUAUCCCUAUUCCCCUGCUUGUCUAAUUAGUGUUUAAAUUGGCAACUCUGUCUAGUUAAAAACGAUAAACUACAAACAAACUUUUGCGUUUUCUUGAUGAUCGAUGUUAAAUGUGCUUCCGAGCUCCCUCUGUUUCCAAAUACCAAGUUGUUACAUUGUUUUACUUUCUCUAUCGUUACCCAAGAAACACACACACACACACAAAACACAACGCAACACACGCGCACUAAGCCACAAAAUAAUUUUAUCGAGAUUAUGAUAACACCAAUAAAUAACUGUGAAGAGAAUUAAAGGAAUUUAUUGUUAAAAGCCACAGAUUCUAAGGAUGAUGACAGAUACAUUUCGACAAGAUGAUAUUGAAGCAAUAUGGCGGUGACUAUGUUCAAAGAAAAUCUUUCCCAACUUACACAAAAAAAAAAACCAAAAUAAUAAUAUAGCAUAACCGUACACGAUUUUCUAGCUAAUAUAUUAAACUAUUGCAAAUUAAGAAAAUUAUGCCACACACUCACACGGACACACUACACCCACACACACACACACACAAUUGCAAUUGCAUGCAUCCUGCCAGCAGCAAAGGACACUUGUCUGCCGGCAGGAUUGUUCACGUCACUCAACCUCCGGCUGACCUUUGCCUGAACUUAUUCGGUUGAGUCCCUAAAGUUUCCACACCCUAUCGCAUACACACUCGAACACACAAACACACACUAAUCGAUAAACGAUAUGAAAAUUUUCUUCUAUAUAUGUUAAUCCCGCAACUUUAUAUGUGAAUGUCCUUCGCUUCCUGCUCUUCUUCAACGUCUUCUACUUUUCUUCCUGUGCGCCUUGAAUUUUCAACUUAAGAUGACUGCAUUUCGAGACAAACAAACUUUUCGUAUAUAAACUUCUUUCCUAUCUGCAUUCUUAACCCAUAGACUAGUAAGAAGUUCAUUGGCAAGUUUUGUGUUUUGUAAAUCGACAUCUUGCGAUUAGACCUAGGAAAAUUGGUCUUGUUUGUACCACUCGGCGUAUGGGUGACAUGGAAUCACAAAAAUUUAAAUAUGUUUGAACGCGAAGGAGUAGCAAGAUAUUCCCCAGAAACUAAAAUUCAAUUGCUUACUUUAAUAAAACAAAGAAAAUGCAGUAAAUAUUACUAAAUGUAUAAGCUUAUUUGAUAUUGGAUUGUUUAACCGAUUUAGAAAUCAAUUACAAUAAUAAAUAGAGGUUCUGUGAGUGAUAUACAUAGAACAAUUUUUAGAUAUCAUUUAUUGAACUUCUUUUCUAAGUCCUUCAAAGAUGAUAAUGAUAAUGAUAAUGAAUAUUACUAGGAUAAAAUAAGAUAAGAAUAAUAUUAUAGGAAUAUUUUUCGAAAUUAUAAAAUUGAUAAUAAUGAUGUUAUUGGUAUAGUACAAGAUAAGAAAAGGGGGAUAGCAAAUAAAUAUAUUUAGGGAUAUGUAUCUGAAUUAGGAUCCCAUUAGGAUUAAAUUUCCUUCCGAACUCAACAAUACUUCUCUACUUAAGACUCUUCAGCUGCUCGCACUCGCUUAGCUUGCUUUCCAAUCGCUUCGGAAUGAUCUUUCGCUGUGGCUAUGCAUCUCUGUCUCCUUUCUUACUCAUAUAUAUCUUACUACUAUCUUUCUCUCCGCCGUUUCUUCUAACCAAAAAACGCUUCGAUACUCACUCAGUUUUGAUACAGCAACCCCAUCCGACAAACCCCAUAUCGAUUAACCUCGCUGACACCUGUAUUAUGAUUGCUUCGUUUAUAGGUUCUCGAAGACCAAGUCUAGCGUCGGUGCACAGCACCAGUUCCUCGGUGCGCAGUUACAGCAUGAUGCGCUUCGAGAAGGAGACGCAACAGAAGGAGAUCCGCCAGGAGAUGAAGUUGCGACUGGCCCGUUUGC